AUGCGGUGGCUUUUAGUUGCAGCAACGGUACCAUUGUUCCUGCUGGGAAGAGGAGACGCCAAACAGGAAUGUGAACUAUUGAAAGCGUCGCUUACCUAUACGCAAGAAGAGGCUCCCCGUGAUCUGUCCGGUUUGCUACCUGUGGUAGUGGGAAGAGUGAAUCAGGUACUAGAUGGAGUAGUUGAUGUUGAAGUCGAGUGGACAGGCGGCGAUUUGCAUGGUCGGGUCGGCGAACACGUUGUUCAAUGCAAAGUAACUCGCCUCGUCGAAGUUAUUCCCGGGACAGUAAACGAACAGCAUGUUUACAGAGACGACAGAGGCCGGGAUGUAGCCACUCAGUGCUUCCACGUGCCCUUUACGAUUAAGGAUACGGACGAAUGCGUACUUCGCACCGGUCAUCCGAUGAGACACCAGUGCCAAGCUCCUGCGCAAUGCAUCAAUACCAUUGGCUCAUAUGAAUGCAUCUGCCCAACGCUGGACUCCAAAAUGCCUCCAAUACACACAAGCACUGAGUUUUGGGCUUUAAUAAAUGCUCAAGAGCGCAGUCCCUGGGAACUUUCAUUCAAUACUUCAAUCCGUUCUUCCUGUCCAUCCAAGCCGUCAACCUAUGGUUGUUGUCCUCCCCAGGGUGAUACCAAGGACGGCUCUUCGUGUCGCGCGUCUUUUCGGUGUCCCACAGAUCCUUGUUUAUCUGCGCAAGACAAUGACUGCUCUCCAAAAGCGACCUGCGCUAGAAAAAGUAAUCCCGUUUCAACGCCUAAUUUUUUGUGUCUGUGUCAAGAGGGGCUGAUGGGAAACGGACGCAAGUGUAGACCCAACGACCCGAAGCCAGAGCCAAAAGUUAUGUACGAUGGAGUAACGCCAACGGAGCAAACCGUCAAGGCGAACUUUUAUUGUGAUUGUACAAAACCGAUUGUUGAUGCGUGUUCCGGAUUUCCCCCAUGCAAAGAAAAACAUGAAGUUUGUACUGUGAUGGCUGGCAACGUUCCCACCUGCGCGUGCAAACCUGGUUACGUGAGGCACGAAAAGUAUGGCUGUGUGGAUGAACGCCCACCACUGCUUCGACUGAAAAACGAUCCACUUGGAGACCACACCUUGCGAUUGAAGCAGGGAGAUGUAUACAAAGAGUAUGCAGUUGAAAUUUUAGACGAGAAUGCGGAAGAAUACCUGCGAUCGUUAAAAAUUGCGUAUAGUCAGGCACUGCCCCAUGGGUGCUUGACGAGAGUCGGCGAAUUUCAUGUGAACUAUACGAUUGCCAUGCCGUGGACGUCGCCCCCAUACGUUCGAAUUACGCGUCGUGUUGUAAUUGAAGACAUCGAUGAAUGCAAUAUCGAUGUUGAUAAGUAUAGAGACAGCUGUCCCGAACUGGUACCACAAUGCGACACUAAAAAUGGAGCCAGGUGUGUCAACACGAUUGGAAGCUACACAUGUCAGUGUCCGCGAUUUACUACGGGCGAUGGUUUUCAGCAGAAUAUUUCCUUUGAAGACCAUGAAUCACCAGACGGGUUUUUGGGAGGGACGGGAUGUCGAGAUACUAGUCGACCCGUCAUUAGUUUGGUCGGACCGAAUCCCAGAGUCUUUCGCGUCUGUGAGUGCGGUGGUAUUGCAGGGCUUUCCGGACGAAAAAAAGGAGAAUUUGACCUUAAACUCAAGAGUCAACAACAAGAACAAUACGGCAACGAUAUUAAGGAGCUUGUUCGAUCGACAGCAGGGGCCGAACUUUGUGCCACUCCUUCCAAACCGCACCCGGAUCCGAGCGAAUGCAUUUCUGCCUACGAUGAAACAUAUCAGGGCAAAGUCAAUCUUUCAAAAAAGGUCAGUGUCGGCGAGCCGGUCCAGAAGUCGUCUCUUCUUUGGUCCGUUCCAUAUAACGUGCAAGACGAAGCUGGCAAUGCAGCCGAAACAGUAUGGCGGGAUAUCGUUGUCGAAGAAGUAGAAUUGUCAGAAUGGGAAGGGAAGAUCCAAAGCGCAACCAUUAAAGAGCACGAUGCGAUUGUCCGACAUGCUGUAGAGAAGGCGCUUGCCGACGACCGAGCGCGACGACAGGAAAGUGAAACAGCUGUAGGCAGUCGCAACAAAAGAGCGUCGAUCAAACCAUGCCCCCCUUGUCAAGCAUGCGAAUGCUCGACCGGCUCCGCUUUCGACAUGGCAAAGUGUAAACAGUACUGCGCGGAGCGACUAGAUCAUUGUGCUAUUGAUGAGCUGAGCUGGACUAUUCGGAUGAUGAUGUCUCUCGAGACGUACCUGCCAGCUUCGAUGAUACCUGUUGCUCUCUUUACUGUAGCAUGUUUGACGUCAAUUAUGUUCCUACGGUGGACGUUAACAUUGAUGUUCAAUCCCGAGACAAAUCGUCUUGACUACUAUGACGAACGUCGAGAAAGAGCCAUGCAGGAGUCGGUGACCUACUAUCGUUCCGAAAACGGUGUAUUGGUAGGAAACCACGGGCCGCAACCCCCGCCGCGCGCUUCCUUGUCGACCUCUGUUGACGGGGGGUCUUUCUUUACACCACGGGGUGAUGCACAGGCAUCCGGUUUUGGAUCACCGAACGGCUUACAGCCUCCCCCGCGGAGUGUCUCAGAAAGCAUUUACGAAACGCAACCACUCAUUUCGCCGAGUAAAACAGGGGACGGGGUCCGUCGGCGAUCUCCGUACAAUACGCGGUCCCGCUAGAAACUCAGUCAAAAAAUUGCAUCCCUAGCAAGACAUAAAAUAAAACGGAGAGAGACUUC